CAAAAACAGAAAGAGAUGUUUUCAGCUCCAACUUAGUUGUUGCUGUGGUCUUGUGAGGUUGACGGGUUGCCCAAGAUGCUGCAGCUGGUUGUCCACGUGUCCGUUCUCCUGACCUUGACCCUGGCCGCCAGUGACCCCCGGGCCGCCAUCUGUAGCCGCUACUGCCAGCCCUGGCAGGAGCAGGAGUCGGUCUGUCUGGCAGGGAGAGAUUGCUUCGGGCAGACGAGCGAGUGGACAGCUGAGACCCGCGCAUGCGUGGAUGCGUGUUGGCAGAUUGGGGCGCCAUGUCGUCUGGCGUGCUGGGGCGUCUAUGACGCAUGCGCAGCUCGAUGUGAGGACAGCGCGUGCUUCAACGCCUGCUAUGACGAGGAGUUCGACAAGGUCAAGCCAGCACUUCCACAAUGACGUCAUUACACUAAUGGCGGGGAUGAAAUCGUUCAGCAGAAAUUGGAGUCCAGUCUAACCCGCGCUGCUUUAUUUACACGCUUUCAACUUAAAUGAGAGGUUGUUUUUUUUGGACACAUGAAAAACUUUUGAACCAAAGUAAACACAUGUAGGUGCAUCAAUAAAACAGUUUCUGCUUCUUG